UGACUGUCCAACUACUCCGUACAUAUAUCAUCACGCCUCCCUUAUCGAUCGAACAACCUUGUAUUCACACACCCAAACACAACCUUAUUCCCCACAAUAAACACCACCAAUACGCAACCUUUGCUUGUCCUCAAUCUCCAAAAAACAGUACAUAGUUUUCUUUCUGUCUUCAAACUUGAUUCCCCAAACAGGCCUUUAUUUGAAGUUUUCUGAUUAACUUUUUUUGGAGAAGAGAAAAUGUCUGGCAUGCUUCCUGGAGUUGAAUGUGCAAGGAGGAGGAGGCUUCAUCCAACCAAGAUGACUGACUCAAGAAAGUCAUUCUUUUGCUUGUACACUAGCAACACCUCUUCAUCAAUUCCUUCCAUGAAGGGAAGUAAAACGAGAACGGGAUACGAGGAUGGGAAGAUGAUGGGUGAGGUUGCCAGAGAAGCAAAGCAGAGAUUGGAUGAGAAACUGAGAGGAAAAUGGGAACCACAGCAUAACAGGAACAGAAAUAGGCAAGAUGUCUCCGGGCUCAAGAUUAGUGAUACUCAGAGGGUGGAGUUUGGGCUGGAGAACUCCGGCCCAAAGAGGUGUAAUUGGGCCAGAAAUUUGGGUUUUAAGGCAUGAGAGCAUCCAAAGCUUGAGAAAUUACAAAUUUUAAAGAAAUUAUCAAGUUAACAUUUAAUGUCAUAAUUUGCUUAGAUUUAAAAUUUGCGGUCUUACUAAAAAAGUGUAUUUAAGUAUUUUGGCUAUGUGCAUGUUUGGCGGGCAUAAGUUUCCGCCUUCUAACUUUUUUACUAUUUAAAAAGUCUCUAAAAACUUCUAGUUA